CCUCCGGGCUGCGGAUGGAGGAAUCCCGCGGCCGCUAGCAGGAGGCUCCCCAGCUGCGAGGCCGGGGAGCCCCUAGAGGGACGCCCGGGCUGAGGAGUGAGAUGGAGUUCAAUGAUUGCUUCAGUUUGACCUACCCUGGCAACCCCUACCCAGGGGAUUUGAUUGAAGUAUUCCGUCCUGGCUAUCAGCAUUGGGCACUGUACUUAGGUGAUGGUUAUGUUAUUAACAUAGCACCUACAGAUGGAGUUCCUGCAUCCUUCGCAAGUGCCAAGUCCAUGUUCAGCACAAAGGCCAUGGUGAAGAUGCAGCUCUUGAAGGAUGUGGUGGGAAAUGACACCUAUAGAAUAAACAAUAAGUAUGAUGAGAUGUACUCCCCCCUCCCUGUGGAUGAAGUCAUGAAACGGUCAGAGUUUAUUAUUGGACAGGAAGUUGCUUAUGAUUUACUUGUCAACAACUGCGAACACUUUGUAACUUUGCUUCGCUAUGGAGAAGGAAUUUCUGAGCAGGCCAACCGAGCAAUAAGUACCAUUGGAUUUGUGACAGCUGCUGUUGGUGCCUUCUCCCUCCUGGGCUUGUUUUCAAAACGACAAAGACAAAAGUACUAUUAACAAUUGACUGAAGAGAUAUUGGAACCGAAGGAAUUUAUAAGAAAGAAAAAAAAAAGACCCAGGGUGAAUACUUAUUUUCAAUGCAUCAUUAUUGUCCCAAAUUCCAAUGAUGGAUGGCAGGCUCUUUAAUAAAUCUCUU